UGCAGGCCAGGUACAGCGGCGCCACGCAGCCAGCCAUGUGGCCGCCCGGCGAGCAGCAGCAGCAGCACGCAGUCAUGGCCGCGCCGCCGGACGGCGAGGGCCUCGUCGCCACCGCCAGCGUCAACGCCAACGCCGUCGACGAGCUGACGGACCGCGUGCUGCCGCUGGCUCUGGCCCGGAAGCUCAGGCGGACGCGGUCGCUCAAUGCGCCGUCCCCCAUUCAGCAGUUCGGCCCCUGCGGGCGCAUCAUGAAGAAUUCCGCGAUGGUCAUGACGAUCCAGGACCCGGCGAGCCAGCGGCUGACGUGGUACAAGCCGCCGCUCACCGUGCUGGUGAUCAAGAAGGUCCGCGACGUGUCCGUGCUGCAGCCCUUCGUCCAGCUCGUCAGGUGGCUCAUCCAGGAAAAGAACAUGGUGGUGUUCGUGGAGCAGACGGUGAUGGAGGAUACGCUGCUGCUCAACAACGCGGGCUUCACGAUCGUCAAGGACAAGCUGAUGACGUUCCGCGACGGCAAGGACGACCUCACCGACAAGAUAGACUUCAUCAUCUGCCUCGGCGGCGACGGCACCCUGCUCUACGCCAGCCUCUUGUUCCAGCAAUCUGUGCCACCAGUGAUGGCAUUUCAUCUUGGAUCUCUUGGUUUCCUUACACCUUUUGAGUUUGACAACUUCCAAGAACAAGUUACUAAUGUGUUAGAAGGUCAUGCUGCCCUGACGUUGAGGAGCAGAUUGAGGUGUAUCAUCAUGAGAAAGAAUGAGGAUCCCAACAAGCAGUCUAAACCACCUACCAAUCUCUUAGUUUUAAACGAAGUUGUUAUAGACAGGGGUCCCUCUCCAUACCUUUCAAACAUUGACCUGUUCCUUGAUGGGAAACACAUUACCUCCGUACAGGGAGAUGGUCUUAUAGUAUCAACUCCGACUGGGAGCACAGCAUAUGCUGUAGCUGCAGGAGCGUCGAUGAUACACCCGAGUGUCCCUGCUAUUAUGGUGACACCCAUAUGCCCCCAUUCACUGUCUUUCAGGCCUAUUGUGGUGCCAGCUGGUGUGGAGCUGAAGAUAAUGCUGAACAGUGAUGCAAGAAGUACAUCCUGGGUAUCUUUCGAUGGGCGUAACCAGCAAGAGUUGAGAAUUGGAGAUAGCCUUCGAGUGACAACCUCAAUCUACCCUGUGCCUUCAAUAUGUGCUCAGGAUCAGAUCUCCGAUUGGUUUGAUUCUCUAGCAGAAUGUCUGCACUGGAAUGUACGCAAACGGCAGAAGCACUUGGACGAGUUGAGUGAUCUAACGCACUCGAGCUCCAACGAUACUCUGGACUCGCUUGACCAUGCUGAGCAAUUGGACAGUUAGGCUUACAAGGAGGUGCAAGAAGACUUUCUAAAUCUAAUUUCUUGCUCAGCAAUAUUUCCUGGUGGACUUUGUGAAGUACAUAGCAUGGAGCAGCUUGCAGUCACGGCUGUGAACUGAGGCAGUUGUGAGGCAAGAGUGUGUGUGUGUUAUGUGCUAAUCGGAUGGUGGCUUUGCCAUUCCUAGCACAGCCAACCUAAGACUUCUAAUAGUUACUGGUUUCCAUCACUGCAGCUGCUUAUUUAAACGAAAUGAAAUAGAGAGAAAUCUGACUUUUUAUUUUUAUACAUCCAUUCUCUAUUUUGUUUAUGAAAUGACCAAUUCCGUAUUUUGUAGAGUAGCUGAAUAGAGGAACUUCUGUUUAAUAUUUUGAUAUGAGAAUAGCUUGCCAGAGUUUUUCUACAUAAUUUUCAUUCUUCUGUUUUAAAUACUUUGGAUGGUUGUGAUUCAUAAAUGUAUUUAGAAAGUAUGUACUUGUAUGUUGAAUGUCUAAAAACUACUACAUACAGAGUCGAAUGCAUGAUUUAGAACAAAAUCAAAAAGUUAUCAACCUGUACUGAAGUGCCUUUUAUUUUUCUUUUCUUUCAUCUUGUACUUUGUGAUUUUUCAUUUAAGUAACAGAAUUGUUAGUUGCUGAUGAAUGAGCUCUUUCAGUCUUAAAGAUUGCUAAAUUUUAUGCUGUUCUCUGCUUCAGACAUUAUAUUUUCACUUGAGACUUUGAGCUCUUGAGCAAUGUGUUAUUUGUAACUUCAUAUUUUAGCAGUAUUUAAUUUUGAAUGAGAAUGAUAAAAGUUUGGUGUGGUGAAUGUGUGAUUUAAUGUACAAACAAGCUUAAUGGAACAAUUUUGUAUGCAUAUUCCUUGUUUGGUUUCACAGUUUGAAUAAGCAAAAGAACUUAGGAAAUAUAGGUGCAUGUUUCCCAGUGAUCCUUUAUUCCCCUCCCUCUUCCUGAUUCUCUCCUCUUCCAUAUUACACUGUCAGUGUGCAGCACAUGUUGCCAGGAAGCCCAGAAAUCACAAUUUUAAAAUGGCUCUAUAUGUAAAACUGAAUGUCUCAGAAAUACAGGUCUCUUUUUUUUUUAAGAAAACUUAUUCAGUGUUUACUUGAAUUUUUUCGGUGUCUUUUUGCACUUACAUAUUUUCAAAAUGUGUAACUUGUUAAAAGUAAUGAAUGCUUUCACAAAACAAACAAUGUGUGCAGUGUUUGAAUGAAUUGUUUUAUUGUGAAGGAUAUGAAUAUGUUGUUAAUUGUAAUUAGGAAGUAAAUUUGAAAUGAGAGUCAAUAUUUCUACUGUUGUCGAAUGGUGUUGGUGGACAAAGGUGUGUGGUGAGUAGAUUGUACUGAACAUUUUAAUUUGCUCACAUUUCAGAAACAAUUGUUACAGCUCUGAAAUGAGACAGUGGACAGCUGUGUACUAACUACGCACACUAUGAAUUUGCUGUACACUACCAAGAACUGCCCAGAACUUGUGGAGUAUAUCUGAGAAAUGAACUUAAAAUGUUGUUUUCUGAUACAGAUAAUUACGUAUUGACCUUGUGACUUCAAGACAGAUUUUUUGGAAUGACUUAUUUAUGCUGGAAACAUUGUAAACAGUUCUGCUGUAAAUAUUAAUAGAACACAAGAGAGUACUAUGUGCGAUUGUUAUUACCAGUUUCAUAUGUCUAGGAAAGUGUAUGCAACUCAGCCUUGCAGAGGAGAGGAGAUUGCUAUAUUUUCCAAUUUUGUUGUUUUCUUUAGUAAAUAUGUCACACAGCUAGUUGAACAAAUUCACCAUUUUUGAUGCCUUCACAAUUUUUUUUU